CGGCGGGUGCUCGGAGCUUGGGGCGAUGGGGCUUCCAGAGGAGCGGGGCCGAAGCGGGAGCGGGGCCGGGAAUGGGGGCCGGGAGGAAGCUGGAGCCGGAGGCCGGGCUCGGAGUUGGUCUCCGCCGCCCACGGUCAGCCGCUCGGCGCACGUCCCCUCGCUGCAGCGCUACCGUGAGCUGCACCAGCGUUCGGUGGAGGAACCGCGGGAGUUUUGGGGAGACAUUGCCAAGGAAUUUUACUGGAAGAACCCGUGCUCUGGCCCAUUCCUUCAGUACAACUUUGAUGUGACUAAAGGAAAAAUCUUCAUUGAGUGGAUGAAAGGAGCAACUACCAAUAUCUGCUACAAUGUGCUGGAUCGAAAUGUCCAUGAGAAAAAACUUGGAGAUAAAGUUGCUUUUUACUGGGAAGGAAAUGAGCCUGGGGAGGCUGCCCAGAUCACAUACCGUGAGCUUCUGGUCCAAGUAUGUCGGUUCAGCAAUGUUCUUCGUAAACAGGGCAUUCGGAAGGGUGACCGAGUGGCCAUCUACAUGCCCAUGAUCUUGGAGCUUGUGGUAGCCAUGUUGGCAUGUGCCCGCCUUGGGGCUUUGCAUUCCAUUGUGUUUGCAGGCUUCUCUGCAGAGUCUCUAUGUGAAAGAAUUCUGGAUUCCAGUUGCAGUAUUCUCAUCACUACAGAUGCCUUCUACAGGGGGGAAAAGCUUGUGAACCUGAAGGAGCUGGCUGAUGAAUCCCUGGAGAAGUGUCAGGAGAAGGGUUUCCCAGUGAGAUGCUGCAUUGUGGUCAAGCACAUAGGGCGAGCAGAGUUGGGCAUGGGUGAUUCCUCCAGCCAGUCUCCCCCAAUUAAGAGGCCAUGUCCCGAUGUCCAGGGUAAGCUGAAAGAAAAAUCCAAGCGCAUCCAGCCCCAGAUCUCCUGGAACCAAGGGGUUGAUUUUUGGUGGCAUGAACUCAUGCAAGAAGCUGGGGAUGAAUUUGAGCCUGAGUGGUGUGAUGCUGAGGAUCCACUCUUCAUCUUGUACACCAGUGGCUCCACAGGCAAACCUAAGGGUGUAGUACACACAGUUGGGGGCUACCUGCUCUAUGUGGCUACGACUUUCAAGUAUGUGUUCGACUUCCACUCAGAGGAUGUGUUCUGGUGCACAGCAGAUAUUGGCUGGAUCACUGGCCAUUCCUAUGUCACCUAUGGGCCACUGGCCAAUGGUGCCACCAGUGUUUUGUUUGAAGGGAUUCCCACACACCCAGAUGUGAGCCGCCUGUGGAGCAUUGUGGACAAAUACAAGGUGACCAAGUUCUACACAGCACCCACAGCCAUCCGUCUGCUCAUGAAGUUUGGAGAUGAGCCUGUCACCAAGCAUAGCCGGGCAUCCUUGCAGGUGCUAGGCACAGUGGGUGAACCCAUCAACCCUGAGGCCUGGUUGUGGUACCACAGAGUAGUAGGGGCCCAGCGCUGCCCCAUUGUGGACACCUUCUGGCAAACAGAGACAGGUGGCCACAUGCUGACCCCCCUCCCUGGUGCCAUACCCAUGAAACCUGGUUCUGCGGCCUUCCCAUUCUUUGGUGUAGCUCCUGCAAUCCUGAAUGAGUCUGGGGAAGAGUUAGAAGGUGAAGCUGAAGGUUAUCUGGUGUUUAAGCAGCCUUGGCCUGGGAUCAUGCGUACAGUUUAUGGGAACCACACACGCUUUGAAACCACAUACUUUAAGAAGUUCCCUGGGUACUACGUGACAGGAGAUGGUUGUCGGCGGGACCAGGAUGGUUAUUACUGGAUCACUGGCAGGAUUGAUGACAUGCUCAAUGUAUCUGGACAUCUGCUGAGUACAGCAGAGAUAGAAUCAGCUCUUGUUGAACAUGAGGCUGUGGCAGAAGCAGCUGUGGUGGGCCACCCUCAUCCUGUGAAGGGUGAAUGUCUCUACUGCUUUGUCACCCUAUGUGAUGGUCACACUUUCAGCCCCACCCUCACUGAGGAGCUCAAGAAGCAGAUUAGAGAAAAGAUCGGCCCCAUUGCCACACCAGACUACAUCCAGAAUGCACCUGGCUUGCCUAAAACCCGCUCAGGGAAAAUCAUGAGACGAGUGCUCCGGAAAAUUGCUCAGAAUGACCAUGACCUGGGGGACAUAUCUACAGUGGCUGAUCCAUCUGUCAUCAGUCACCUCUUCAGCCAUCGCUGCCUGACCAGCCAGUGAACGAAGACUGGCCUUUGCCUAGUAUUCCCCUUGCUUGGCUCUCCCGAGAUCUGCCAAUCUUUCCUACCCCACCCCCCAAAUCCAGGCGUAAUGAGAGCCACACUUGGUCCUCAAGUAAAGGCAGUUUUUUGUGACUACCAGGCAGAAGGGGAAGGACCCAGGCCAGUCUCAGAUUGAUGUACCCCUCAACUUCCAAGAGCUCUGUAAGCCCAGGAUAGGAAUCUCAAGGCCAUGUCCCCACUUGAGUUCAGUGUUCAAAGGGCAAGGGAAGAUCUUGAAGCAAGGCAGCAACUCCAAUCCUAUAUUAACUCUCUCAGGAAGCACCACUUCUGACCUUGUGCAGGCAAUUACCUUAAAAACUGACAAUGUGUGAGUCUAGGAAUAAUUAUUAUUUUUUAAAUACUCUGCUGCUUUUGUUCUGAGUCUGAAUUCCUAAAUGGCAGUACUAUCUGCCCACUUGCUCCAGGGGUAAUGUACGUGGGUUCAGUCUCUAGAGGACUUUCAUAUUAUCUGAUUUGAAGGAGUGGAUGUGUUUUGUUCCCAGGACCAAAGGAGUUUGUCUUCCUUGUCCUGUCCCAUGAGAGACACUCUCAGAUUAAAUUCUCUUUUCUUGCCCUAGUCAUGCUCAAACCCCAUGGUUGUAAGAAUAAAGUCUGUGACCUUAAAAAGGUGGUGAGUGGCUCUGAUUUAUGUGUCAGAUGAAAGGGGAAGGAUAUUUCCCAGGACUAUCCUAGUACUCUUUCUUCUAGAACUUUUGGUUCUAGUCAAGGCUUCGCUCACAGGACUUCUGACUGCCUGAGCUAAGCAGGAGUGACUGGACCCUGGUUUUUGUUUUUUGGGGAUUUUUUGUCAUGGGGCUUAAACUCUG